AUGAUCGCUCUCCACUUCCGGAGACGGUUGCACCAGUACAUUCGUUUCAAGUACGCGGAAGAAGGUAAGCUGGAACUCUCACACAAACAAACGAAACGACUCGGGGAUAGGUGUUAUCGUGUGAAGUCGGUACCCGAAAAAGACGAAGACGGUAAUCUCACUGGCAAGACGGUGGAGGCAUGGACGGAGUGGGACGAGACCAGUGACCCAGUGGAAACGGAGUUGCGGGUGUGGUUGGAGACUGUCCCUUGGCAGUGGCAAAUCCGAGCGAACAGCGCACACUUCAUUCGCAAGUUGUUCGACAUGUUGUCUUACAUGGCGAAGUUUGUGAACAAGCACCCGAAUACGAAGGGCGCAAGAGUGUACUCUCUGUCACCAGUGGCUACGACGUUUCAAUCCGAGUUCGUCAAACUGAAAGCGUCUACGCUGUACGGUCUCCUCGCUCGUCGUAUUCAUGAUCCUAAAGCUUAG